AUGUCCAGAAGAAGGGCCAGACAGAAUGGCGGCCAGGAAGAGUACCAAGUUCAGGGUCCUAGCAGCGCGCUGACGUCCUUCCUGCGGGAACAGGGUAUCAGUGCGGAGGCCAUCAGACAGCGGUACGAGGCAGGACUGCGCCGCCAGCAGGAGCAAGCGAGCAGUGGCGAGGAGGUGGAAAAUGGCGAACCAGAGGAGUCUGACGAGGAGAUCUUGGAGGGAGAGGAUAUUCCCGAGGACGUGAAGCUGAUGCGGGAGCGCGCAAGGAUCAAGCGUCGCCGUGCGCGCCGGGACCGCGAGCUGGACGACGAGGAGGACGAAGGAAAGAACUUCUGUAUCGAGUGCGACCGCGAGUUUGUCAUCUCUGUGUAUUCGAAGCGCAUGGAGAAGUACGGUCGCAUCGGGUAUUUGUGUCCGGAGUGCACGAGCAACGAGAUAAAGCGGCAACGGAUGGCGAAACGCAACGAGAUCGAGGCGCGGAAACGACGCAAGAAGGUGGCGGCGGCGCUGCUGGACAAGCAGGAGUACAGAAUCCCGUCGCUGCAGGACUGCUGCAUCAAUGUCAUUUCCAAGAACAUCGACCAAGUCGACCUUUUGGGUGACAUCGGAGUGGUCAACAUGAAAAAAAUCAGUCGCAUCUUGUCGAAGAACAGGUCGCUGGAUAACCGCACCAUGUCGCUUUUCCUGGACAGCAGCAUGCGCGAGAUUGAGUUCUGGGACUGCUCGAAGAUCGACAGUUCGGCAUUUGACAAGAUACCGGCCUAUUGCCCGAAUGUCGAGAGACUGGUGCUGAACAUGUGCGGACGGCUGCACAAGGAUAAUUUGAAAUAUUACGGCGAGAAGUUCACCAAUCUGAAGUACCUGUACCUGAACGGCGCGUUCCUAAUCAAUGAUCAGGCGUGGCAGGACUUCUUUGACAGCCCUGUUGGUAAAAACCUCAAAGGCAUCCAUAUCAAGAACACGCACCGGUUCUCGCCCGACUCGCUCAUUUCUCUCCUAGACAAUUGCGGCAAUAAUCUCGAGGAACUCACGCUGAGCCGAUUGGACGGUCUCACGUCCAAAAACGUCUACGACUUACUGCCUCACUACCUCCGAAAACUCAAACAUCUCGAGAUUUCAUACCCAAACAAGGAAGAGCUGAUCGAUGACGAGCUACUCAUCAACCUGUUGGGUGUGAACGGCGAGACGCUCGAGUCGCUCGUCCUUGAUGGAUGCACUGGACUCACGGACCAAUUUCUCAUCUCGGGAGUUAAGCCGUUCUGUCCUGCGCUCACCAAGCUGUCGCUAGUGCUGCUCGACCAGAUCACCGAUGUUGGCGUCAAGGAGCUGUUCACAGACUGGGACAUGAACGGCGGGCUCAUGGAGGUGAGUCUGGCACGUUGCAUCGAGCUUGGCGAUGAGUCCGUGUACGCUUUGUUAGAGCAUUCGUGCCAGACUCUGGUGGAGUUGAACCUGAACUCUAUAAAGAACCUCACGCGCAACUUCUUCAAGCAAAUCGGCCGUCACCUGCGAUUCCCGCUGCUGACCACGCUGGAUAUCGGCUUUGUGCGCUCUGGCUCCAAAAUUGUCGGUUCUUGA